UUCCGGAAGAUGGAGGCGACCAGUUGUCCGGUGGUGUUUGUUGUCAGUGGGAUUCCUCGGAGUUUUCGGUCAGCCCAGCUGCGACAUUACUUCAGCCAGUUCACGGAGAGCCGUGGCUUCGAAUGCUUCCAUUACCGGCAUCGCCCGGAACGGAGGGGCCCGGACGGUAAAGCUGUUACUUUCUGCUGUCCGGUGACUGUGAAGGCGGAGAGAGCGUACAGUUUCCGAUCCAUGUAUCAUGGCAAACCAUGGCUGGACACCCAGGGCAAUCAGGUGCCCGGGAAAUGCUUCAUCUACAAGGUGCGGCCCAGCUCCAGAAGGAGACUUGCAAGACUUUCCGUACAAGACCCGUCAUGAAGCACGUCUUGAAGCCCAGAAACAUUCUACUGAUGUGGAAAAAACAAGUAACUUCAAAAGAGUUAUUUAGGAUGUCUGAAUUCAACCCGCCAGCACUGAUGGCUCAAGGAAAUGUUGGAACACCAAUAUCCACAUUUUUACAAUUAAUAAGGUCUUGUCGUUUACCACCUAAACUUAUACCUCGAUUGGGUCUGCAGUUCCGUCGCUCAGGACGACGCUAUGGCAAUGUUCCCUAUGACUAUGUAGGAACAGAAAUUGCGAACCAAGAAGAAGGUGUAUAUACAGCUACUGGACAUGAGAUAAAAGAAGGGGAAAGUAUAGGAUCUAAUGUGCUCCAAGACGAGGAAGACAUUGUGGAGGAAGAAGACAUUGUGGAGGAGUCCCUGUCUGAUGAUAACGACACAUGUGAAGAAUGGGAGCGUCACGAAGCUUUACAUGAGGAUGUCACGUCACAGGAGCGCUGCAAGGAACGCUUGUUUGAGGAGGAAAUUGAACUGAAAUGGGAGAAGGGUGGAUCAGGACUGGUGUUCUACACAGAUGCUCAGUUGUGGCAAGAACAAGAAGGGGAUUUUGAUGAACAAACUGCUGAUGACUGGGAUGUAGACAUGAGUGAAUAUUAUGAACCUGGUGCUGGAGAUAAGGAUGCCAAAGAUUAUUUAAAGAUGCGGUCAGAAUCUAGAAGGCGAGAUGGACUGUAUGAUGAUGCAAAAGAGAAAAAAAAUGGCCUUGGCUGUUUUGAGCAACAUACAAAGGGAGUUGGACGAAGGGUCUUGGAGCGUCAUGGCUGGAUGGAGGGAACAGGACUUGGUGCUAGAGGUUUAGGAAUACCAGAGGCCUUGGAUAAUGAAGGACAGAAUCCAAAAUGCAAGCGAGGCUUAGGGUAUCAUGGAGAAAAACUAUCAACAUUCAACUCGGCACCAAAAAAACCAAAGUAUUUCAUUUCCACAAUUUAUGAUGCGCCAAAAGAAGAGGAUACUGGAGACACACUGCUGCGACGUAUGCCCUCAACUUCUAUGAAGUAUUGUAAUGAGCAAAUGAACAAUUAA